UGGCCUAUAAAACGGCAGAAAACCGUGAAAAAUGUGUAUCACAAUACUUUCUUGAUGAAAUCUUUUGUCUGACUAACAGACGAAAAAUCUAGAAAUUCGCUUGAGCAGCCACUUAUGUUAACUGCAUUUAACCAUGGUACAUCUGAUUAAUUUUAUCUCAUGUGUGACCAUUCUAUGUUCGGCAAACCAGGGUUACCACUCUUUUCCAUGCCAGUUACCAGAGGAAAUUGUAUUCACGCAUUGUUUUCUGUGGAGUAUUCUUUCACCUCUACUCCUCUCGCUGUCUGUAAUUUCACUCCAGCGUCUCCCUCAAGUCUUUAUUUGUCGAGAAAACUGGUUUGACGAGUUGACAAUUCAGUUUGUGAAAUUUUACAUGCAGCCACUAGAGGGCGACAGUAAAUAUAGUGCUGUAAUUUCGACAUCCGGUCGUGUGACGGAAACGACGUCAUACAGUCAUACCGUGUUUACUAACGGCGGCUAAAUGGUCGUCGGAGAAUUAAAGCUGUUGCCACUGUAAAACAGUUUAUUUCACCAAGUAUAGUUCAGAUAAUUACGAUGGCGGAUCCUGCGGUGGCAUCGGGAGGUUCGCUGAAUGCAGGAGGGCGUGGGAGUGGCAGCAAAGCAGCUUCCAGCCCUGCAGAGAACUACCACCUGGCCAGACGCCGCACCCUUCAGGUUGUUGUCAGUGCCCUGCUGACCGAGUGUGGCUUCGAAAGUGCAGAGAAGGCGGUGGUGGAGACGCUCACCGAGAUGAUGCAGAGCUAUAUAACUGAGAUAGGUCGCUGUGCUAAAGCUUAUUGUGAACACACAGCCAGAAGCAUUCCAACCUUGUCGGAUACAGUGGUGACACUGAUUGAAAUGGGUUUCAAUGUUGACACGCUGCCUGUGUACGCAAAAAGAUCACAGAGGAUGGUUAUAACUGCCCCUCCAGUGACGAAUCCACCCGUGACUCCCAAAGCACUGUCAGCCGGACAGAAACGCACACAUCCACCUCACAUUCCGGGCCAUUUCCCAGAGUUCCCUGACCCUCACACCUACAUCAAAACACCAACAUUCAGAGAACCUGUGUCAGACUACCAAGUGGUGAGAGAGAAGGCAGCAACUCAGAGGAGAGAUGUGGAGCGAGCACUCACACGCUUCAUGGCCAAGACUGGAGAGACUCAGAGCCUCUUCAAAGACGACAUCACUGCCUUCCCAUUGAUUGCAGCACGGCCGAGUGCCAUCCCAUAUCUCAGUGCCCUCCUGCCAUCUGAGCUGGAACUGCAAACUCUGGAGGAGACAGAUUCCUCUGAGCAGGAUGACCAGACAGACAGUGAGAACACAGCAGGAAACAUCAUCACUGAUGAUCCAGGAGCUGACAAAGAGAACUCCAUGCUUCCCCCCAGUGGUGUUGUGCCAUCCACAAAGGCCAGUGAAGACAACGUGAUUGACAACCCAUACCUUCGGCCGGUCAAGAAACCCAAAGUGAGGAGGAAGAAAUGAGUCAGGACCCACCUGAACCAACAGACUUUGCCACAGUGGUUGGUGCUUUCAGCAGUCCAGUCAGUGAUUCCCUCCAGAGACAAGCGGCCCGGUGCUGAAGCCUGCUGUGUUAGCUGGGACCAGCGGCUGCUUUUCCUCAAUGCUGGGACCAGUACUGCUGUUGACUUUGGCAUACUGAUUGACUUUUUUGUGUUAAGUCUUUUUUUUUUCAGCAAGCACUCACUUUGUUUAAAAUUUGUGUGAUGUCAUUUUGUAAGCAACAUCAUAGUGUAAUAUACAGACACAGGAAUCCAGUCAUUUUGUGAAUAAAGAAAAUAAGUUUCUUUUUUAA